AUGGGCCUGACAAUUUCCAGCGUUCUAACUCGGUUGUUCGGCAAAAAGCAAAUGCGCAUAUUAAUGGUCGGUCUUGAUGCAGCCGGUAAAACAACAAUCCUGUACAAGCUGAAGCUGGGUGAAAUCGUUACCACCAUUCCGACGAUCGGCUUCAACGUCGAAACGGUCGAGUACAAAAACAUCUGCUUCACCGUGUGGGAUGUCGGUGGUCAGGACAAGAUUCGUCCACUCUGGCGUCAUUAUUUCCAAAACACGCAGGGACUUAUCUUUGUGGUUGAUUCAAACGAUCGUGAGCGUAUCGUAGAAGCGGAAAAGGAGUUGCAUAGUAUGCUGCAAGAAGACGAACUGCGCGAUGCUGUAUUGUUGGUGUUUGCCAACAAGCAGGAUCUACCCAACGCAAUGACGGCAGCCGAACUGACCGAUAAAUUGCACCUGAAUCAGCUACGGAACAGACACUGGUACAUACAAGCGACUUGCGCCACUCAGGGCCACGGAUUGUACGAAGGACUAGAUUGGUUGUCAAACGAGUUGGCUAAAAAGUGA